UUUCCCAGGUAACUGCUGUGUGCCCCAUCCCACCCCUGAGCACUGCUGUGCCAUGGCAGCCACCAGGCAGAGCACGCUCUUCCCUCGUGACCCGUAUCACAUCCCUGGCUAUGACGGUUUCCUCCCUCAGUAUAGCAACCAGUUUGGAGAGACCUUCGGCAAAACCACGUACCGCCUGCUGACGGACCCACACAUCCGGAGGAGCCCUCGCUCUGUGCUGGCACCGCUGGGCAAACCGAGGUUCAUUGAGGACUUCAGUGAGACGCAGCACGGUGUGCAGCCCUUCCUCCCUGCACACCAUGGGUUCUUCCCCCACGACAGAGCCAAAACUCUGACCAACUACCCUGAGGCAGAUUUUGGUCCGAAGCCGUAUGCAGUGGGGCCAGCAGUGGAGGAUCUGACUCGCACGGAGCCCCUGCUUAGCCAUGGCGGCGCUGGGCUGAGCACGUGUCCACCGAGUACAACAUGGGACCCCUCAGGGCCACCAAAGGGAUGGCUGCCCCCCAUCCCUACAGCCCAUGGGCAGCACAAAGCUGGAGCAGCUGCAGGAAUUGGGCAGUCUGUGAAAGCUGGAGGUGCGGAUUGGCAGCUCCCCAAGCUGGAAGUGCCCAGAGUGAUCCAGCAGAAGGUCAUCCCAGGGUAUGCUGGAUUCAUACCGCGCUUCACAUGGGCCCUGGGCACGAAUUACAUGCAGAGUGUGAAGGAUUCAAUGGCUGAAUUCGACAGGCAGCAGUUUCUGGAGAGGAACCCGAUUCAAAGCUUUGGCAAGAGAUUCCCCCAGACGUACUGGCCUGCCAACAACAUUUACACCAGCGCUGGGCUGAUACCAGACUAUUCAGGCUUCGUCCCACAGCUCCGUCACACCUACGCGCUGACUUUUGGAAACAGCACCCGCAAGGCUUAUGAGAUGGAACAAAGGAGACGAGCCUGUGCACUGUGAAAAAUGCUUUAAUGGUGCCUGUACAGCAUCGGAAAGUGACUCGAAGACGAGAGGAGGAACACAACACAGAGAGAGGUUUUCAAUGAGAGUUCAUACAGCUUUAAACAAAAUUUACAGGUGGCGUCUGCAAAGCUCUUACUCUGCCUCCUCCUCAGCCUCCUCCUCAAACUCCCCCUCCUCCUCAGCAGUAGCAUCUUGGUACUGCUGAUACUCAGACACCAGGUCGUUCAUGUUGCUCUCAGCCUCUGUGAAUUCCAUCUCGUCCAUUCCCUCCCCCGUGUACCAAUGCAGGAAAGCCUUUCUGCGGAACAUGGCCGUGAACUGCUCUGAAAUGCGUUUGAACAGCUC